ACCAUGUUCUCCAAGGUCAUUGUGUGCUGUCUUUUCGCCUACGUGGCUUGCGGAGUAGUCGUCGAGAAUGUGCAUGUGCCCCAGCCGUACAGCUUUGGCUACGACAACGUUGACGAAUUCGGAACUCGCAUGACCCGCCAGGAGACUGGUGAUGAGUUCAACAACAAGGUCGGCUCAUACGGCUACGUGGACGCUCACGGCAUCGCCCGUACCGUGAACUACGUCGCCGACGCGCUCGGUUUCCGGGCUACUGUUGAGACCAACGAGCCAGGGACCAAGACUUCCGUCCCAGCCGACGCACCGACUUACUCCUCGUCCGUCGAGGUUGCAGCUCCAGUUGUGGUGAAGGCUGUUCACCCAGCUCCAGUUGUCGUCAAGGCGGUUCAUCCAGCUCCAGUUGUUGUCAAGGCUGUUCACCCAGCUCCAGUGGUCGUCAAUGCAGUUCAUCCAGCUCCAGUUGUUGUCAAGGGUGUUCACCCAACCCCAGUUGUUGUCAAGGCUGUCCACGCCGCCCCAGCCGUCUACACCCACAAAGUCGCCCCUCUGGCCUACAGCACCGUGGCUCGGGCUCCUGUUGGCUACGCUCUUGGCCGCACCACCAUCGUUUAAGUACCGGAAAUUGAAAUCUGAAAUGUCAACGGGUGUAAAAAUAAAAUUUAUCGCUUUCUAUAAAAUACUUUAUCGUGAACAACUCUCUGAACAAUAUAGACGCUUACUGCGACACUAGCAAAGCUUGUGGCAUAGAGUCUUUACAAUCAGACGUACUCCAGCUAGUGUCUC